UUUUAUCCCUUCUUCCAAGAAGAGACUGUCACUAACAUCUCUCUCUUCUUCUUCUCUGCAAGAUCUCAUCAUCCUUUUCUCUCCACAGCCAUCGCCAUUAAUGGCCAUGGCUUCUUCUUCUUCUCCUCCUCCUCUAAUCUGGGUUUCAUUCAUAAUCAUCUUCUCAUGUUUCUUCAUUUCUUCAUCAUUAGCAGAGAAGAAAACAUAUAUUGUUCAUAUGAAUCAUAACCUAAAACCCACCACAUAUUCAUCAUCAAAUGAAUGGUACACUGCUCAUCUCCAAUACUUCACAUCUGAGUCAGACACUACCGCUACCGAGUCAGAAUCACCACUUUUAUACACAUAUGAUACUGUUUACUACGGGUUUGCAGUUUCACUCGAGUCAGAACAAGCUGACUCAUUGAGGAAUUCUGACUCGGUUCUAGGAGUGUAUGAAGAUGCUGUUUAUCAGCUCCAUACGACUCGGACUCCUGAGUUUCUCGGUCUUAACACGGAUAUGGGUUUAUGGACGGGUCAUAGCACGAGAGAGUUGGAUAAUGCUUCUAAUGAUGUGAUUGUUGGUGUUCUUGAUACGGGUGUUUGGCCUGAAUCGGAGAGUUUUUCUGAUGCGGGUAUGCCGCCGGUUCCAGCUCGGUGGAAAGGUAGGUGUGAAUCGGGUGUUGAUUUCAAAGCGACGAGUUGUAACAAGAAGCUGAUUGGUGCAAGGAGUUUCUCUAAGGGGUUUCGUAUGGCUAGUGGUGGUGGUGGUGCUGGUGGUGAAGCGGGAGGAAGUACUAAAAAGCCCAAAGAGAAUGAGACACCUAGAGAUCGUGAUGGACACGGCACUCAUACUGCCAGCACGGCUGCUGGUUCCAUUGUGAGGAAUGCUAGUUUGCUCGGGUACGCAAAGGGUACGGCACGUGGUAUGGCACCGAGUGCACGUGUCGCUGCUUAUAAAGUUUGUUGGGCGACUGGUUGUUUCGGGUCGGAUAUUUUAGCUGCGAUGGAUCAAGCUAUAACAGACGGUGUAGAUGUAUUAUCUAUGUCUUUAGGUGGCGGUUCUUCUCCUUAUUACCGUGAUACGAUCGCCAUUGGUGCAUUUUCAGCCAUGGAGAAAGGUAUCUUCGUUUCCUGUUCUGCUGGUAACUCGGGUCCAGGUCGGGCUACCUUGGCUAACGUUGCUCCGUGGAUCAUGACCGUUGGUGCUGGUACAUUGGACCGUGAUUUCCCAGCUUAUGCUGAUUUAGGUAACAAGAUAAAGUAUUCGGGUGUAUCCUUAUACAGUGGUUCGGGUAUGGGUAAGAAACCGUUGAGCUUAGUCUACAGCAAAGAGAAUGGAACCAGCAAUUUGUGCUUACCCGGUUCGUUAGAACCGGCACAAGUGAAGGGCAAAGUGGUCUUAUGUGAUAGAGGAAUUAACGCACGUGUUGAAAAGGGUGCUGUUGUACGUGAUGCUGGAGGGAUUGGUAUGAUAUUAGCAAACACGGCAGCCUCCGGUGAGGAAUUGGUUGCCGAUAGUCACUUGUUGCCAGCCGUUGCCGUUGGAAGAAAAGUAGGUGAUCAAAUCAGGGCGUAUGUGCGCUCUACUUCUAAUCCGACGGCUGUGUUGAGUUUCGGCGGGACCGUUCUUAAUAUCCGUCCAUCUCCAGUUGUUGCUGCUUUUAGUUCCAGAGGUCCAAAUGUUGUCACCCCACAGAUUCUUAAACCUGAUCUGAUUGGUCCAGGUGUCAACAUCUUAGCUGCUUGGUCUGAGUCAGUGGGUCCUACUGGAUUAUCAAGAGAUACAAGGAAGACUCAGUUUAAUAUCAUGUCUGGUACAUCAAUGUCAUGCCCACAUAUCAGUGGUGUAGCAGCAUUACUAAAAGCAGCACAUCCUGAUUGGAGUCCAAGUGCAAUGAAGUCAGCUCUGAUGACAACAGCCUAUACGACAGACAACACCAAAUCACCUCUCCGCGACGCAACUGACGGAUCCAAAUCGAACCCAUGGGCUCACGGAUCCGGUCAUGUCGAUCCACAAAAAGCCCUUAACCCGGGUCUUGUGUAUGACAUCACAACAGAGGACUACAUUGCGUUUCUAUGCGGCUUGGACUACACUAUCAACCAAGUACAAGCAGUUGUGAAGCGUGCGAAUGUUACGUGCGCUAAGAAGUUUAAAGAUGUGGGUGAACUUAACUACCCGUCUUUCAGUGUCUUGUUUGGAGGAAACAGGACCGUUAGAUUUAGUAGGGAGUUAACAAAUGUGGGACCAGCUAGAGCACUUUAUGAUGUUGUGAUUGGUGGGCCUAAGAAUGUUGGGGUUUCAGUCAGGCCCAAGCAGCUAACAUUCAGACAAGUUGGUGAGAAGAAGAGAUUUGUGGUUACAUUUGUUGCUAAGAGAGGUGGAGGGAUGAGGAUGAGUAAGAAAGCUAGUGGAGAUUCAUUUGGUGAGAUUGUUUGGACUAGUAAACAACAUCAAGUUAGAACCCCAGUUUCUUACCAAUGGUCUUCUCAAGUCCAUGGGUAAAAAGACCAACAUCAAAAUUUAUGUAAUAUUUUGAGUUGGUUUUUUUGUGUAAUUUGAUGAAAAUGAACCUAACCCAAAAGAAAUUAGUGGGAGGUGCCAAAAAAAAGGGCACAAAAAAGAGAGUGAUGAAAUGGCUUAGAUUUUGAUGGUUUUAUGGGUCACUAUGAAAAAUCUAAGUGCAUUUUUUUAUAUUUAUAUAUAGGGGAGGAUUUUGGAGGGUUUGUUAUGUUAUGGGGUUGGUUUUGAGGAUGUUGUAACUUUUCCAAAAUUAAGAACAUUUGAAAGUGGUGAAAAACCAAAUUUUCACUCUUCAA